CCUAUUUAAGUAUUUUUACUCCGCAGUUAUUCAUAAAAUAUUAUUGCUGAACGAACCUAAUUGAGAACUUGUCAUGGACAUUUUGUCUCACUCAGCCACGAGCAAGGGAACAUACACUGGAGCAGGCAUACUUCUCCGUUAAGAAUCAAGGAUUGAAGAAUUCAACUGUAAUUCAUUAAGGUUUUUGAAUUUACGAAUCUUCUAUUUUGCCAUAAAAUUUCCAUUUUGUAUAUCUGACCAAACCAUAUGUUUUGAUUCUCUGUACAAAGUUUUUCAUCUUCUCAAGUGACCGCACAUUGGCCAACUUUUGUAACUUGGUAACUGCAUAUCCUGACUUUGACUUCAGAUUCAAGUAUGUAUAUUGGAAUUCCACAAACUGUAGUGUUGCUCUACUGCAGGCGGUGUAUGGGAAGCAUGUCUAAACUUGAGCCCCGAGAAUCUGACAAACCAUAUACCCAUUAGUUCCAAUAGUCAUACAGGCUUGCCAAAUUGUUUCUUAGGGGAAGCAAUGGGACAUAGACAAGCUACAAAUUCAUUUGGUACAUUUGGAAAUGCUCAGAAUCAGCAUCAAAGCUAUAUCCCAGAGCAACCUUUUACUGCCACAGGAAGAUUUGCUGCUCCAAGUGGCUCUUUUGUCCAACCCGGAGAUGUAUUGCCAAGUGGUGAAGACCAACACUUGAAUUCCAGAAGCAAUGGAAAUUAUCAAUAUCAUUAUUCAAAUUAUAACACGGAAGCAGUUCAUUUUCUCCCACAACCUCCAUACAUGCCUUUUCAGCAACUAUCAUCAUAUGCUGGGAAUGUAUGCAUUCCCGGGAGUAAUGGAUAUGGUGUUGGUCUGGCUGAUCAUCACCCAAGCAUCCAUAGAGGGCCAUUUAAAAGGAAAAGAUCCAUCAUUGCUGGACCCUGUGAAAGAGGAGGCAGCAGAUGGUUUGAAGUUGGAAGCUCCUCUGGAUCUUCUGCUGGGAUGUUGAGACCAGUUCCAGGAAAUGAGAACAUCCCUUCAAAUCACACAUGCAUUCGUCAUGGAAGUAGUAGCAUCUCUAUCAAUGGUGAUGACUCAUGGAGGAAUGUUAGAAGAAGAUAUAGUUAUGCCUCGGGUCACGAUCCCGGUAGAACUCAUCAUAUCUCAGAUUACUCAUCUGUUCCGCAUCAAUUUACAACAUAUCCAGCAAAUUACUCUGGUGGCAGAAGCACAUUUGGUUCAAGCUUAGGAGGGAAUUCACAUCNCCCCCCCCCGACAGAAGUGUUACAUUGGGCCGUAGAUGAUCCAAAAAGUUUCUCAAGAGUUUUAGAAUCUGGUGGCUCAAGUCAUGACAUGAACGCUUUUUAUAUUGGAGGAGGUGCUGCCGGCAUGAGUGGCCACCAUGGUAGCUGGUUAUCAACUGGAAGGGAAAGAUGCAUUAAUUAUAACGGAAGAAUAUUACCCCCAAAUGUUAAUGGUUUGGGCCGCCUGCAGCUUGGCCUUUCUGCACCAACGUCCACUGAAAACAGUGUGCUUUCUGCUGAAACAUUUUCCUUCAGAAAUAUGAGGUCAGCUAGUGCUGAAGGAUGGCCUGAAUGGUGCAACCGCGUGCAACAUGGAAGUGUUGGGGUUACUAAUGCACUUCCUAGUGUGGUCGAUACUCGAGAUAGAAUGAGAUCUGAGGUACUCACGUUCGAACGUCAAUCAUUUUCCGGGGUUUCCAGAAACAUGUUUGAUGAUUACGUAGGCAUGAGGCUAGAUGUUGAUAGCAUGAGUUAUGAGGAACUGCUUGCCCUGGGGGAUAGAAUAGGGAUUGUCAAUACGGGUUUGUCCGAGGAUAUGGCUUCCAAGUGCAUGACAGCGGAAGGCUUUGUUUCUUCUAAUGACGAUGACAAAAGUUGUGCCAUUUGCCUCGAAAUUUAUGAGGAGGAAGAGGAAGUAGGGAGGUUGAAGAGGUGUGGACAUGACUACCAUGUGAGAUGCAUCACCAAGUGGCUGUCAAUGAAAAAUGUCUGCCCAAUCUGUAAAUUGCCUGCUCUUAAGGAUGAUGAAUAUUAGUAGUGGUUAGUAUUAUAGUACUGUAAUAUUUUAAUGCUACAGUUUACUAUGAUCAACCUCAUGUAAAUAUUAUUAAUAAUCCGUAGUAUUGUAAGAAUCAUGUUAUUUGGUAGUCAAGUCUUAUUUUCCUUUGUGCACCCUGCACAGUUAAUGUAAAUUCUGGAUUAUGACCUCUCUUUGGGUCUUGGGUC